GUUACUGGAUACCAUGGACAUAGGUGACACAGGCUUCGAUCUGUCAUGUUUGAACUGAGAAAAAUCAAUUUCGUUUUCAAAAACAAAUACCUCAAAGGUUGUAGUAUAGUUUUCGAGUCUUGUUAUGCUGAGUCCUCAUACCCGUAAUACAGCUCUCGGCCGCUCAGACCGCACGUUCAAAUGGCGAAGUGACGGAGGUGAGCAGGAAGUGUCUGACACCGUUUGUCAGCCAAUAAAGUGUUUACCAACUACAGAUGUGGAGAUACUUUACCAUGGAUGCGUGGAUGACAAAGAUGAGAAAAGUAAACUUUUGGGGUCCGAGAGACUCACUGCUUGCGAUCCUCCAUCUUGUCCUGAUGCAGCUGCUUGUGAUGGGGACACACGCCAACCACAACAAGUGGUGGACCUGCAACGACGCGUGCGCCAGGUGCGUGCGGCGCGUCAUGCCCAUGGAGGAGAUGAUCACGCAGCUGUACCCGGGACUCUUCAGCAACACCCCGCCGUCCAACUCCGUGCCGGUGACGGGGGAUCUCACCCUGCCAGUCGCUCCUCCCAACAGCACCAGCAACCAAUCGUUUAUCGACAGUGGAAGCAAUCCACGCACUGGAAAUCUCGAUCCAGGGACGACUGCCAACCCUUCAGGUUGUUGUGAAACAAUAAUGGAGUACGCCACCCCACUCAAUGUCACGAUAGGCGGGCGGAUUUACAAAGUGGUUCACCUGCAACACAUGUUUCAGUUUAUCCCUGUCGGCCGGUGCAAACGACCGAGAAGUAAGUGUGGGGCAGGCCAGUGCGUUGACCAGUACCGCGCCCACUGGGUCCUUGUGUACAAUAGCACCCAGCCCCUGCAAGGCGCAGCCCCUGUCAGCUUCGCACCCAUUGAGGUGUCGUCACACUGUGAGUGCCUCAACGUCGGGCACUGAGAUUUGCUCACACUGCCAGUGCCUCAACAUCGGGCACUGAGGUCUGCUCACACUACUAGUGCCUCAACGUCGGGCACUGAGGUCUGCUCACACUGCCAGUGCCUCAACAUCGGGCACUGAGGUGCCUUUACACUGCCAGUCCCUCGCCGACAGAUGCUGUCUAUCACACUGCCAUCUCCUCAACGAUGAGAACACCGAGGUGCCUUUUCACCGUUGGUCCCUCAACGACGGAGUCUUCUCACCAGCCCUUGAAGGACCUCUCACUGUGAGUGCCUGAACGACAGACAUUGAGAGGGCCCGAUUACAUUGCUAGUGCUUCAUCGUUGACAAUAGUUCUCUCCCCCAGUGACAGAUCAUUGGACAAUGAUGUGCCCUUACACUGCCAGUGCCUCAACUUUGGACAUCGAGGUAUCAUCGCCCAAGCCAACUCCUCAUCGUCGAUCGCUAAGGAACCCUGUCUGUGAGCAUCUCGCUACCUGUCUAUAAGCCUUAGAAGUAAAGGUGUCAAAAGUCUCGAGACUUGACACUGAGGGAUUGUCACGUGCUUGUAUCUCGUUUUACAGUCGGAAUCUUAGCACAGUGUGGGAGGGGAGGGGUGAAGUAACCUACUUUUUCUUUAUCUAAACAAUAAACAUCGAAUCAUGUCUGAACUAAAGGCUUGAUCACACCACAGGUUUUUACAGUGUAGCGACAAGACACGUUUUGAGUUUUACGUGGCGGUAGUGAGUGACAGAAAGGGGAAAGUGCUCUCUCAAACAAAGAGAACCUUUUUUACCUGUUUGAAUGUUUAUAAGCCACCUGUGACAUUCGUUUGAAACACUUUUAAACAAGGUAAUGUGGGUAACUUCAGGACAGUUCGUUUGGCGUCACAUGGCAAGUGAGGUGGACACUUUGACAGGAACACAAAUAAACAAAGACUGUGUUGUGAGAAUUUUUGUCAAACUGCAAAUCGCAGUCCAGUCAGAGAAAUGAUACAGCAAAAAGGACUUCCAUUUGACUGCCAACUUACAAACUUGCAAACUUUAAUAUUUGAAAGAGAUAGAACCUCACCGUCAGCUCAGUGUCUGUAUAUUCUCACUUGCGACUAAAAGCAGUUUGAGGAAUCUUUGACAUUGCCAUUAGACUGAAUUGCGAGAUGAUCGAUCGCCCAUUGUCAUGAGAUACCUGCAAAUCGAUCGUCCAUUUAUUGGCCCUCCCAGAGUGCACUUCAAGCAAGGUCAGUUGACAGGUAGUCGGAAGUCCUAGAGACUCGAGUCAAGAAACAAGAAGCAUUGAAAUCUUGACUGAAAGAUAUCCAUCAUGUCAACGUUUCUAGCGGUCGUCUUUUCCUCCAGAUGAUGUGCAGAUCUCCAGUUAUUUUGGUUCAUGAAAAGUCCAGACACAUCCACUAUUUCCAUUCACCGUUAUCUACCAUGCAUCUGUUUCCGAUGCAGGAUGACAGAGGUUUGGUGUAGAUGCACAUAAACAUGUUUCUUAAUUUUCAUGGAAUAUACCUUCUAAGACACGAUCUCGCACAUCUUGGAUGUCAUUUUAAUUUUGAGCUUCAGAACUGCGGUUGUUUUUUAUGUUUUUUUGCAAACAGAACAUGUGUGUGUUUUGAAUCUUGAGUUACCAGUUCCUAUCAUGUUAAGAAACAUAAUAUUUUGGAAGUUUUUAAAGAUAACCUCUUUAGUCCGUAGAUAUUUCUGUGAAAACGCUCUGUAAAUUCUGCAUCACAACUUGGCAAACCUUACUGAACGCUUCUUGUAUGCUGGUUAUUGGUGUAAUCUCGCCCCAGUGGGGAUGGAGUGAAGUAUCUUUUUUAUCUAGAUAUUUAUAUGAUAUUUUUACUAAUGUCAUUUGACACUUGUUCUACAUCGAUAUAUUAAAUUACAGUUUUUCCCUUUUCA